CGGGAAAAUCCUGUUUUUGUUUUUCCGUCUUUUUCCCCUUCCUCCACCUCUUCUUCUUCUUCUUCUUCUUCCUGAUCGAUUCAGAGCCCAUCUUGGACCUCCAUUGCCGGAGCUUCGUCGGUAGCUUCAAUUAUCGAGUUCUGAACCUCAUUUACCCUCCGAUUGAGCCUCUAACAUUCACCAUUGCCGCCGACAGCUUAGCCUCGACCGUCGAUGUGAUCUGGCGACGGAUACGCAUCAGAGAGCCUCCCCGCCUCGCGAUUCUCAGCUGAAUGUAGUGAACUCAGCGACCUCAUAGUGGAAUUCGAUCACCUGCGAUGGCGGCGCCGAGGAGUCUGAUCGUCGACGUGGAGAGGCUGAUGAGAGGGGACGAGGACAAGAAAGGCGAGGACUCGCCGACGGAGAGGAAACCUAAACUGGAGAGGUACCCGUUCUCGAGGUCGGAGCUCCUGGCUUUUCUCUGCGUCUUCUUGGUCUUCGCCAUCGGGCUGUAUUGCAUCUACUUGACAAUGCCUUCGGCAGAGUACAGCAGGCUCAAGCUGCCCCGCACGAUUUCGGAUCUCCGCAUUCUCAAAGAUCAUCUUGCCACAUACGCAAAUGAUUACCCGGCACAGUUUAUUCUGGGUUACUGCUCGACUUACAUCUUCAUGCAAACGUUCAUGAUUCCGGGGACAAUUUUCAUGUCGCUGCUUGCCGGCGCCCUUUUUGGUGUUAUCAGAGGCCUUUUCCUAGUUGUAUUCAAUGCUACAGCAGGCGCAUGCUCCUGUUACUUUUUGUCCAAGUUGAUUGGAAGACCUCUAGUCAUCUGGUUAUGGCCUGAAAAGCUGAGAUUCUUUCAGGCAGAGAUAGCAAAGCGCAGGGAAAAGUUGCUGAACUACAUGUUGUUUUUAAGGAUAACGCCGACUCUGCCCAAUCUUUUCAUCAAUCUGGCGUCUCCUAUUGUAGAUGUGCCAUUUCACGUCUUCUUCUUCGCAACUUUCAUCGGUCUUUUCCCAGCUGCUUAUAUCACAGUUAGAGCUGGUCUCGCUCUUGGGGAUCUCAAGUCGGUAAAGGAUCUUUACGAUUUCAAGACCUUAUUUGUGCUCUUCCUUAUCGGCUCCCUUAUUAUACUUCCUACUGUGUUGAAGCGGAAACGAACUUAUGAAUGAAUCAGAGACUUCGCAAUAGUCAAGCUGUCACCACUUAUUAUGGAAGGCAGCUGAUAGAGUGGCGGUUCGAUAUCUCAGGCUGCUCUUCAAGUUGGCUUUGUGGCAAAGGAUCAAACUAACUGUUCCUCUCACAAGAACAUACAUAGUGAUAUCAGGUGUAGAAAUGUAACAUUAGUCACUUUGUAUGUGCUAUAACCCAAUUAUUUCUGAAUUGAUUGGUUGCAGUAUUUUCAUAAAUGGAAGAGGAUACAUCUAUUGGUGAAA